AUGAUGCACAAGCAACCUCUAGAGAAUGUCGCUCGCGAUAUCCCUAGCUACACAAAUCCGGACCCUCACGCCGUAGCUAUCGUCGGCAUGUCGAUCAAUGCACCUGGUGGUGUUGACUAUGGUCUUGAUACUGAGGAAUUUUAUACUUUCCUCCAAAACCGAGGAUCCGCCAUUAUUACCGCUCCUGGAGAUAGAUGGAACGCCGAAGCUUUUCAUGGCACUGGGCCGGGAAAGAUCUCCACCACCAAGGGGGGGUUUAUUCCUAACAUUAGUUAUGCUGAUCCUCAAGAGUUCGGCAUUACUCCUGUGGAAAGCCAACAAAUAUCUAACUCUCAAAUGCUUCUGUACGUGACUAAAAGCAAACUUGAAGUCCCGCUCCAUCGCAGCGGAAUCGACUAUCGUGCUACAAGCACUGGUGUAUACGUUGGCUCCGCAUCUGCUGAGGGCGCUGUAUUUGAAAUGGACAUAGCACAAGCAGGACCGUAUUAUAUGACGGGAACCACUAACUCAAUCGCUGCGAACAGACUGAACUACGUGUUUGAUCUACUCGGUCCAUCCAUGCCCAUAGACACUGCAUGCUCGUCCGCGCUGACAGCGAUGCAUGUUGCUGUCCAAGCCGUCCGCAACGGUGAAUGUGACCAAGCUGUGGUAGCCGGUGUCAACAUCAUCCAAAGCGCACUUGACUACGUGGCAUUCAGUCAGUUGGGUGUGCUCAGCCCCGAUGGCAUAUCCAAGUCCUUUGACGAAGAUGGUAAUGGGUAUGCGCGUGCUGAUGUCGCCAGCGCAGUUGUUAUCAAGCGCCACGAUCUCGCCGUCAAAGAUCACAACCGCAUCCACGCGACGCUUGUUGGUACGGCCCUGACUUCAUGCGGUUCCAUCAUGGGCUCCCUCACGACCCCGAGUCCCGAGGCGCAGGCUUUGGCGAUUCGGCUUGCAUAUCGAGACGCUGGUCUUGAGCCUCAUCAAGCUGAUUUCGUCGAGCUCCAUGGCACAGGUACGCUUGUUGGUGAUUCGACAGAAGCGAACAAUGCCGGUGCCGUCUUUGCUGCGAAGAGGGACUCCAGAGAGAUCCUCAUUGGAUCCGUGAAGAGUAAUGUUGGUCAUGGUGAACUGGGCGCAUAUAUGACGUCUUUAGUGAAGGUCGCCAUGAUGUUGGAAAGGAAGCAAGUCCUGCCUAAUGGCUACUUCAAGAAGCCGUCGUCCCGAAUUGAUUUUGAGAAGUUCAAGCUACGUGUUCCCGUGUCUGUCGAGGAUUUUGUACCCGGAAAUCCCCAACUCGGUCGAAUUGCAUCUGUAUCUAGCUAUGGGUUUGGAGGUGCCGGCGGCCAUACUGUUCUACGUGAACACGAACCGCGGCCUACUUUACCUGGUCAUAUUACCUUGCAAGAGCCACUGUACCUCUUUGCUGUUGGUGCUCUGUCCCUGAAGGGAUGUGUGACUCUCAGCGAAAAAUACAAGGAAGAGUGCGCUGAAGUUGACCCUCUUGCCUUGUGCGAGCACUUGGGAAACCGUGCACGCCAACUCCCAUGGAGGUCCUUUUCAAUCGCUGAAUCUAUCGAGUCGGCAACAUUUCCUGAACCAGUUCUCGUUCCCAAACGUCCUCAUCCUCUCGUCUUUUGUUUCUCGGGUCAGGGUCCGCAACACUGGAAGCAAGGCCGGGAGCUAUAUAGCACUUUCAAAACUUUCCGCGAUAGUAUCAAUGACUGCGAUAAGGUGCAUACCGAGUACACAGGAGAGUCUUUCAUCGAGACGACAGGUCUGUUCAAGACCGAUGCACCCAAGGAUUCUGGAUUGGCCGCUAGCUUGAUAUGGCCUUCCGAUAUCACCUCCAUUUCUCUCACAUUCUUCCAGAUUGCGCUAUUCGAUCUCUUGACUUCUUUAAAUCUGAAGCCAGAUACAAUUGUUGGACACUCGGUUGGAGAGACAGCCGUCUUGUAUGCCUCAGGCGCAGUGCCACGUAGCAUGGCCGUUAAGAUAGCGAUUGCUCGUGGAAAGGCUCUUUCCACGGUGGACAACACCGGGGGCGGUAUGGUGGCUGUUUCUGGUUGUGACGCAGACAAAGUACGCGAUCAUGCAGAAACGGCGAUUACGCUGGCUGGGCUGGAUGUCGAUUCGGCGAGUGGACAGCUGUUCCUCGCGUCAUUCAACAGCCCCACAGAUAUAGGUGUAUCCGGUUCAGAGAAACAUUUAGAGGUGUUCGCAAGUUUCAUAGAGAGAUGGGUGAGCGAUGUCGUCGCGCGCAAACUUCGCAUCAAUACCGCCGUCCACUCUCCCUUCGUCGAUCCCUGCGAGUCGCAAUAUCGCCGAGACCUAGCUGCUAUUUUCGCGGAGUAUCCCGGUCCCCAUGUACCCAAGAUUCGGACGAUGUCCACAGUCACCGCCGAGUUCAAAACAGACUCGUAUACGCCUGAUUAUUUGUGGAACAACUUGCGCCAACCUUUUCCCCUCAUCCCGUUCUAUCUCAGGCAAUAUAUUAAGCAAAUGGGUGCAUUUGAUGCUCUCGCCUGCAGCAAACGUCCACCGUCUGCUCGCCAUAUAAAACCUGGAUCGAGUGCCCUGAUCGAAGUGCGCACACUGCUAGAAGUUUUGGGGCGUUUGCUAUUGGUCGGUGUUAAUAAGAUCAACUUCUCGGAACUUACUGGAUGCCCAGAUGCAAAUAUCGAGGGUCCUUCAUAUCCAUUCCAACCUAAAUUCUGGCGCCUCGGCAAGGAUGAGCCAUCAUACAUUCGCAAACAAUUACCCCCGCAACGGCCUUUGAAUUCGGUUCGGCUUCGCGUCAGCCCGAUCAUUCCUGAACCGUGGAUGGGCCAGCAUGUUAUUGAUCAUACCAAUCUCAUUCCCGCGGCUGCCUACCUAGAAAUGGCCAUGGAGUUCCCGGGUGUCACUCAAUUGUACGACUGCCGAUUCGAGGCCAUGUAUGUCUUGGAUGAGUCAGGACCACCUGGGACAUUGGAAGUUUCCCGGGAAGGAAACUCUUGGUGGGUGAAGUCGUCGUCUCAGGUGGGAAAUCCGCAAGGGGACAAAGAAUGGACGAGGACAGGUCCUUCUUUCGAUACUCUCCACUCUUAUGGAAAGUUGGGUUAUGGUCGUCCUGAAUUGCAGUCAGAUGCGAUCACACAAGUCGAUCUUGAGGAGGUACUGUCUCGCUGCCCCUACACAUUUGGUCGCGACAUCCUCUACGAUCACUUGAAGGAUCUGGCGCAAUUUGGUCCUGAGUUCACACGUAUCCUGAAAGCGUCGUGCAAUGAAAAGGAAGUUCUGACAUAUAUCAAGGGCCACGUAGAUGGCUUGAAUCGUACAGACUUCGCCUUCCAUCCUGCCCUUUUAGAUGCUAUCUUCCAGACAAUUUUUCCAUGGAACCUGAUUGGUGAUAAACUGCAUCUUGGUGCCAAGCACGGACAACUACAGCUGCCGCACUCUGUUCGCCGUAUCUUCCGCAAUGAUGGCAGUACCGCUCCGCUGGUCUUGCCGGAAGAAUUUAUAGCUUAUACCGUCCUACAAGAGUGGUCGCCUUACCACUGCCUAGUGAACUGUUACAUUUUGGGUGAAGAUCAGUCGGUCAUAUUCACGGUGGAAGGGUUCCGCUUUGCGUUGGUCCAGCGUGAUGAUCAGUGGCCUAGCGAACACUUCAAGAUGUUAUGGCAGCCUCGAGACUUACCACAGUCUCACCUCGAAAGCUCAAUUGUUCUUCCAGGCCCGCCACCACAUUCCGACGCCAUAGAGUUAUUGCGCAUUCUGGAUCAGCUGGCAAUGCAGUUUACUAAGAAGACAAUAACUGCUCUACCUCACGACUUCGUUCCUACCUCACCUGAUCGCAAGCGUUACUUGGCUUGGGCAAAUGCGCUGGCUGCAAAGUUGGACGGGAAUAGCGCUGAUGCUGCCUUAGUCCCUGUUCAACUGCAAGAAAAAUAUAAAUCAUUAUUUGAGCUCACUCGGAGAGUUGGAGCCGGGCAAAAAGACAUCAUGGUCUCGUCGACUGCUGCAGUUGAGUUGCUUUUCAGUGAUGAUGUCAUGAGCCAGAUCUACGAGCAUCCGCCUUUCAUUGGUUCUGUAUUUGAUGAAACCACAUCGCAUUUCAUCAGCCUUGUCACAGAAGCACUCCAUUCUGGGAAGCAGGUAGUCCGAGUCCUUGAAGUUGGAGCAGGAACCGGAAGGUUGACCGCACUGCUUGGGGAAGCUCUUUUGGCAGCUGCCCUGCCUGAAGGCUGCUACGUUGACUACGUCUGCACAGAUGUCAGUAUUUCGCUCGCACAUGAGGCGACAGCGAAGUCCCCUUGGCCGACGAUUAUGGCCAAAGCCUUUGAUCUCAACGUCGCGAUCAGUGAACAGAACCUUGAUCCCUGCAGUUUCGACAUCGUUGUCGGCUUUGAUGUUCUGCAUGCUACUCCUGACAUUCAUGCGACUUUGACGAAACUCAGACACCUUCUCUGUCCUGGAGGUCACCUUGCUAUCUUGGAGCUGGACGGUGGCUGUUUCGCAUCGAAAGCGAUAGGCACAAUUUGGAUGGAUUUCAUCUUCGGAUCGUUCCAGGAGUGGUUUGGUGUCGUGGAUGACCGCAUUGGGUCUGCUCACUGCACAUUAACUCCGUCGCAAUGGAGAGAUGCUCUAGCGGAGGUUGGAUUCUCAGAUACUCUUCUCUUCACUUCGGACGGUGGCGCAGUGUCCCAUAUGACUUUCAUCAGUCAGCUCUCUAUCUCGCUCCCUCCCAGUAUCUCAUCUUCUGCGACACCCAGUCUCGAUUCCAGCAAGCGCAGCUCCCCCCUUUCUAACUCACCAUUGUUAGUCGCUCAAACGCAGGAAAACGACCAAAUAGCUAUAGCUCUACCUCCUUACUCAAUCGAGGUUUUGCCUGCUCCUGUUAAACAACUGCACAGCGACGAAAAGGCUGAAGAUGCCGCGGCGCUCUUCAGUUGGAGCAGGAAAGAGGAUUCAGAGCCCGCCUCAACACACGCUGGUAGCACUCAUGUAGUGCUCCGACACUUCACCAAUGGAGGGGAAGUUGCACUCGUCGACUUCAUUUCCUCAUUGGAUCCAACGUACCCGUACCUCUUCUGGCUUUACACCACUACGUCCCCGAGUGAUGCAGCCGCGGUUGGGUUAGUAAGAACGCUCCGUCAGGAAUACCCGACAUGGAAGAUUUAUCUCGCUCUCUUUCCCGAUUCGUGGACGGUGGCAGCGCAAGAGGCUUAUGUACACGCACAGCUUCUACCGUUGCCUUGGAUAGACUCCGAAGUGAUGAUUGACCAGGACGGAAAGAUGCACGUGCCGCGUCUGGUGAAGGCCUCUCCCGCCUCUCGCAAGGAACUUCGGGGUUCUAACCCGGUUCAAUUCCGAGGCCCCGAUGUCUGGCGAGCGUAUCCAGCUGAGCUUGGAUUGAAUGAUGCCGAAGUAUCAGUUCACUACAUUGGAUUGUCUCCGGCUAUGUCUGGAUGGACCGAAUUUGCUGGAGUUGUGACAGCCGUCGGCUCUGGUGUACUAGAAGAGAAUAUCAUCGGGCGCAGGGUAUACGGCGUUGCUUUGUCUGACCCCGGGAGUACCAUCGUCUGCGAUCGCUCAAAGCUUGCAUUUGUUCCUCAAGACAUGGAAACAGCCAUGGCCGCCGCUUUAGUGGGAAAGCUUAUGUUCCUAUCGUUGAUCGUCGUCGAUAUUGUUGGCAGCUCUUCGAAGAAUACCAAGAUCCUCCUUCACGCUGGCCAUUGUUCACCUGCUGCGCUCGCGACAUACGCCUACUUGAGUACCAACUCCUUCGACGUUGUUGUCACCGUCAGUGAUGCAACAUCUUCUACCAACACCUUCAACGCGCUGUCUCCGUCUUCAUCUUCCAAGUACUAUGCUUGGUCAUCUCAUGUUCGCGCUUGGGCCCCACAAGGCGUGGAUGUCGUAUUCAAUUUCGACGAGGACGUUGACGUGGCGAAGCAAACACUUUCUAUGCUUUCUCCUAGAGGCAGAUUUGUUCAAAUUGGAGGAAAGCUACCUGUGUCUCUUCCUCCCGGCCGCUGUUAUGUCUCGGUUGAGGAGCAUGUUGUUCUAGAGGCUGCUAAUGACCUUGAUCGCGCCGACAAAGUCUUUGCAGCUGCUCUUCUUGCUACCCUAACUCCAUCCAUAGACAUCUACAGCCUGCCACAACUCAUGAACGCCGACGUCCAAGAGCACAAUUCAACACUAGACCGUGUUGCUCUGGUUGACCUUCGGGCAAUUUCCCCAGAACUUCCCGUGUUGAAAGGCGGAAUGCUCAAAGGAACUGCUAUUUUCAAUCCUCGGGCAUCUUAUGUAAUUUUGGGCGGUAUUGGCGGACUGGGUGUCAACAUUGCACGAUGCCUGGUGGAAAAUGGGGCCAAACAUCUGGUUCUAACUUCAAGAUCUGGGGAAAAGGGAAUCGCAACUGCGCAACUCGUACGCGAAAGAAAGAUUGUCAACUAUCUUCGAGGAAUGCCUGGGGUAACAGUUGAUCUUCGGGCGGUAGACGUUCUUGACGCGGAGAAAACCAAGGAGUUGUUCAGGAACCUGGAGCGUCCAGUCGCCGGGGUAUUCUAUCUAGCGGUCAAGCUUAACGACCAGAUCAAGGGAAUCGAAGUUUUCCUGCAAGCGGUCAACCCUCAGUCGUUGGACUUCCUUGUCCUCACAAGUUCUAUGGCUACCGUGUGUGGCUCGCCGGGCCAGGCAAACUAUUCAGCUGCCCAGACAUACAUGGAGACUAUGGCGGCAACGCUUCCUAACACCGUCGCCAUCACAGUACCCCCUAUCACCGAUGGAGGUGUGUUUGUCCGAAGCCUGCCUCCAGGUGACGCACGCAAUGCGGCCCUGGACAAAUACAAAUCCCUUGGAAUGACUGGCUACCUUGUUGCGCAACACUGCGUGAAUGCCAUCUGGACGCUGAACUCUGACGCCUACAACACGGUCUAUAUUCCUCCCUCCGACUGGAGUGAGAUCAUGCAGCUUGGCAUACCCGAAUAUCAUUUGUCAUCCCUUCGACAUUUAUUGACCAAGCAAAGUGUUCAAGUCGCACUGGCGACUGAAGAAUGGUCCAUUCGAGCGGCGUGCGCGUCGGUACUUGCCCUUGACGUGAAAGAAAUUGCAGACAACGUCCCGCUUGCAAGUUAUGGCCUUGACUCGCUGACCUCAGUUCGAUUGAGCGGGAUGCUCAAAACUGACUUCAACGUCUCCGUAACUCAGCUCCAGCUUCUCGGAAACAGUAUGACUGUCCAACGACUGAUGGCCUUACAAGAGGAGUUGACAGUCGACUCAUCUUCUGCGGCUAUGGGGACCGCUCACAAGGACUCGCUCGAUGUGCAGGGAGCCGAAGGUGCUCAUCAUGCUGAUAUGGACAAGACGAUUGUUCGAUUGAACAACGUCACGGACGGACAUCCUUUGUUCAUCAUACAUGGUGCUGGCGGCGGCGUUCUCGUCAUGCUGAAAACGGCAGAAAUGAUGACCUGUCCUGUUUAUGGUGUUCAAGACACACCGGAUGCGCCCAUUACCGGAACCCUCGACAGACUGUGCAAAUUCUACAUGGAGAAAAUUCGAGAGAAGCAACCCAAAGGUCCCUACCGUCUCGGAGGUUUCUCAUUCGGCACCUUUGUGGCUCUUGUGAUCGCGCAAUUGCUGCAGGAGGAAGGGGAGACGGUCGAGCUGCUCAUCAUGAUCGACGGUUCGCCAGCCAUUUUCCAGAACUUCGGCAAGAAACUCAAUUUGAGCAACAUGCGAGACGAAAUCAUGACCCUUAUCCGUGAUCUUGCCACCAGCGGGACGCUGGAUAGCGGCGAGGAACUUACCACCAUGUUCGAGGACCACUUCAAGCAAGUUGCACAGGGCGGUGCCAGCGGCAAAUUUGUGUCGCAGUUCGGUCGUGCAUAUGUCGCACAUGUGUUCAUGGCAGCUCGUGCUUGUAUCACGGCAAUGCAGCAGAAGCAAGCUGGGGUGAUUGAAAAGCCGUGGCCUGCUACGAGAACGGUCGUUAUCGUUGCGGAAGAUGGCCUUCGUCGUCAAUCCAUGUCGGAAGGCCUCUCUCCCGCUUUCGAUGUAGAUCUACGUGCCCCAGAUGCGGAGUUGUACACGCUCCCGGGGACGCACUUCGGGGUUCUCCACCCCCAGUCUGGGCUCCCUCAGCUUCUCGAACAAGUGUUAGUGUCAUCGCUUUGA